CAAUGCGAAUGCCGACCCCACAUGUUUGGACGUCAGUGCAACCAGGUGGAGCCCGGCUAUUACUUCAUUUCACUCGAUCAUUACAUCUACGAGGCAGAGGAAGCCAGCCUGGGUCCCGGAGUAAACAUAAUAGAACGGCAGUACACGCCAGACCGCACACCAUCGUGGACAGGCAUAGGAUUUGUAAGGGUCCCUGAGGGGGCCUACCUGGAAUUCUACAUCGACAACAUCCCCUACUCCAUGGAGUAUGACAUUCUGAUCCGCUAUGAGCCACAGCUUCCAGAUCAGUGGGAAAAAGCUGUGAUCAGUGUCUCACGCCCGGGCAAGAUUCCCACAGGUAACCGCUGUGGCAAUACGGUUCCUGAUGACGAUAAUCAGGUUGUCUCACUGUCACCCGGCUCCAGAUACGUUGUUCUUCCACGGCCUGUCUGCUUUGAGAAGGGGCUGAAUUACACCAUCCGCCUGGAGCUGCCCCAGUACUCCUCGGUGGAUACAGAGACAGAGAGCCCAUACACGCUCAUUGACUCUGUGAGCAGAAAUUAUUUUGGGGAUGCCCUGGGGUAAAAGCGUAUUUAAAAGCCCGCAAGUU